AUGGAUCCCUCGGAGGCUCAAAGCCCCCCCUCAGUACAGCUAGGUACGACGGCCUUGAACAGCGCUCGCUCAGUACGGCAGGAUGCAGUGGCCUUGGUUGCCUCGUCUUCAGUGCAGCAGGCUUCAAUGACCAUGAACAGUCCCACUGUUCAGUCUGCCCCCUCUGAUGCUCCUACUGAACCUUCCCCUGGCCAAUCUCACUACAUCUCUCUGUUUGGAGGCUCCUCCCCUCCUGAAACUCCUCGCUUGGGUGGAAGUCCCUAUUUUGCCGCGGGUCUUGCCAGUACGCCUUCCACACUCGAGAGGCACAGCUUUGGCAAUUUGGAUCGUUCUUCGUCGGCACAUAGUGAUGAGACCCAGUCCGGUCAAGUUUCUGGCAAUCUUCUGUACUUUGCACGAGAGCCAUCACUGCCGUAUGAACUUUGGGAAGCAAUCUUCUACGCAACGCUAUCUAGUGACUCGCGUGAGGAAAAUGACUUCGAAUACGGUGAUAUCUUCGAGAAUCCAGCAACCAAGAAGACUCUCUCGACCUUCAGACUGGUGAACCGGAUCUGGAACAGCAUUGCGAGUCCUCUCAUGUUUCGAUGCCUCCAGGCCGUUGUCGGAUACUCUGCUGGUCAACCUCUUGACAGCAUCCUCAAGAUUUCCGCAAGCCCAUAUGCCAUUUACGUACGCGACGUGCGUUUUGGCUUCGUGGGAGCAUGGCUGCCUGGGCUGGAUUAUGAUCGAUACAUCGAUGACUUGGCCUCGGGGGCUCUUCCUAUUCUGGUCAGUCGCUUCCCAAAUAUUCAAACCUUGCGGAUGCAAUCACCCUCCGUUGUGGAUACAUUCAGUGAAGAUGGACAAAUCAAGCCCCCGAUGCUUGCCAAGAUGACAAACGCUCUUGUCCAUACUCUACGCUUUGUACCUGUCCCGAAACUGAGAUGUCUGCAUUUUUCUUUGCCAACCACCGCGGAAUUUGCUCGUUUCUUUGAGUUGAACAGUUACGCGACGGACUUCACCAAGGUUUUCGCGCAGAUCGAGGAAUUGCAUAUCAACAUCAAUGACAACACCGGCCCUGAUGGCAGACGAGACCCGAAAUGGCCUCGCUCAAUGGUCAAGGCAAAGUAUCCGCUCGAUCGGUUUGCUCCAUAUCUCGUUCAGCUGAUUUCUUACGCAAAAAAGAUCCAAGUCCUUACCUUGAAUGCCCAGACCUGGUUCGACGUGUCUGAUCUGGAACCGGAAAACCUCAGUGAAUUGAAGUCUUUCCGACUUGAAGGCGUGCGAAUCAGAGACGAGACUCUCAGGAAUAUCUUCCACCAGGCUCGAAACACGCUGCUUCGCAUUGAAUUGGUCCACGUUCGACUCAUGACUGGUACUUGGGAAAAGGUCUUCGGUUCCCCAAUUCUUGCUCCUUGGCACCUCAUUUGGCUUCGUAUUGAUGGAUGUGGAUACUCGAUGAUGGGUACUAGUGCUCAUCACGUUGGUUUUUCGUUCACCCACUUCCCAACUGCACUCUGGACUCUCCAUGGCCGGGAUUGGUUGGCCCUCACGCGGUGGAGAUCAGUGGUGAAUGCAAACCGUCUUGUUAAAGGACUGCGUACGUGUCCGCACAGCCAUUUCCCUGCUGUGGCUGCCCUAAUCCAUAAUCCCUAA